AAACAAGGUCACAAGGACAUCAACCCGCCUCGUCUUCCAAAAGUUUGCGUCACAAUCCACUUUGAUUGGGGUUUUGUGAUUGAUGACUUGACGGCUUCUACCGCCUUAUCAGGAUGAUAUAUAUUUGAGUUUAUAACUGAAGAUCCUAGUACAAAAAUUGUUUUAUCCAUUCAAGUCCGAACGUGUUACAUAAUUUAGGCUAAACAGUUGCACCUCUGAAUUAUUCACCCUGUCCUUAUUGACAAACUGUAUGAAAAUUCCCUCCAUUCAGUGCUUCGAUUCGAAUUGAAAUGCUGCCCUAUUUUGAUUACCAGUUCCGUGUCAUUAUAAUUGGUGAUAGUAUGGUUGGAAAAUCCUCCCUGAUGAAAAGUUUCGUCGAAGGAAAUUUCUCAUCAGUAUCUGAUCCAACUAUUGGGGUGGAUUUUUUCUCUCGAACCGUACGAAUUCAAGAGGAAGUGUUUGUUAAGCUACAACUAUGGGACACUGCUGGUCAGGAGAAAUUUAGGUUUGUUUUGAAUGCGUUUUUGCCUUAUAAUUCCAGGUCUAUAACCGCAUCCUACUAUCGAAACUGUGUUGGAGUCCUUAUUGUAUUUGAUCUAACUGACAGAGAAACAUUUGACCAUGUUGCUGAUUGGUAUGAAGAAGCUCGUGGUUCCAUCAAGUGCUCUGCUCCUGUAUUUAUAAUAGUGGGUCACAAAGCUGAUCGUCGUGACGAGCGACAAGUCAGUAAAAUGGAAGCUCAAUCUCUUGCCCAACGACUUGGUGACUACACCUACAUAGAAACAUCUUCACUUACUGGACAAAAUAUUGAAAGAGCAUUUGAACUUCUUGCUGAAGGAAUAUACGCUAAUGUAAUAAAAGGAAGUUAUAAUGAGUUAUGCGCAGCGGGUAUUUGGGACGGUGUUAAACAAGGUCAUAAUGCUGCAUUGGCUGCCUCAUUAGCAAAUAAAUCAAUACAUUUUGGACAAGAUGACUCUAAACCACACAAUGAUUGUUGUUAAUAUGAGACAAGAAGAGAAGAGAAGGAAAGGAAAAACAUUCUUCGCUUUCUGAUAUUUCCUUUCCACCCCACCCUGUUUUUUGUAAACAAAGUCCCUCCCCUCCCCUCUUACCCCUCCCUCCCUACUAACCGUUCAUCCAUCCUUUCUUUCUGUCCUACCUGCCAUCUUCUACCAGAAACAAUCAUUUCCUGUUGUUUUUUAAUUCAGAGAUUAUUCAGCAGAUAUCAUUAUUAUUAUUAUUAAUAAUGAUAAAUUGAUCUGAUCCAACUAUUCUAAGCCGAUCAAGACAGACAAUUAAUUGAUCUCAGUUGUUUUUUUCAUUUCUACCAUUCAUUUAUUCAUAUUGUGGAGUUUAAUGAUCAAUGAACAAAAACUCAACAAUUGUUUUAAUGCAUCAAUCAUCAUUCGCCAUUUUCGCGCGCCCGCCUGCCAGUUUGUGUUUUUAAUGUUUGCGUGGUAAUUUCAAACAUCUCCAAGAUCUAUAGAGUGAUGGAUUUUAGAGACACUUAUCUAAAAUUUAUAAGUUAUUUACAAUAAUUUCCCUACCUACUUAAUUGACUACUUAUCGUCUUUAUUUGUACUAAUAUCAUUCAUUUUGACCGCAAAUUCUAUGGUUUGUUUUUUUGAAACUUUUUAUUUUGUUGUGUCUACUUUUAUUUGUAAGUAAAGCAUUUUAUUCGAAAUAAAAUCAAGAGAGAAACUUUGAUUA